AUGUAUAAACCAGGAAUUGUGGUGGUAGCUGAACCAUUUACUAAUGAUAGUCAUAUGUGCCGGUUACAAAUGAAUAUGAAAAUGAUGGGUAGUGUGUCGAAUGAAGCAAAUGGGGGAAAGAUCUGGAUUUUCUGGGCUGAAGGUGUAAAAAUUAAUGUAUUGAAGACAUGCCCCCAAUCGCUGACAAUUAGAGCAGAGGAAGGAAUAGACCCUUGGAUGGUGGUUGGAGAUUUUAAUAUUAUUCGAAAGGAUGAGGAGCGUAAAGGAGGUCGACCUCGACAUGCAGGGGCAAUGGCUGAUUUUAAUUCCUUUAUAGAGGACUCUGGCUUAGUGGAAAUGAACCAUACUGGAAACACGCUGUCAUGGUGUAAUGGACAACAUGGUCUGUCAAGAAGUUGGGCAAGAUUGGACAGAGUUUUGAUAAACACCCCCUUGCUGUUAAGGUGUUCAGAUGCCUCCAUGAAAUACCUUCCUAGAUUAUCAUCCGAUCAUUCCCCCAUGAUUGCAUGGUGGAAAAAUGAUAACUCGAAAUAUGGAUUUACCAGCUUCAAAUAUCAGAAGAUGUGGGAGUCUCAUGCAAAUUUUCGGGAUUGUGUGAGCCGUUCUUGGGUGGUGGAGAGUGGUGGAGUAGGAAUGAACCGGUUGGCCAGGAAAUUGAAAACUCUGAAAUGUGCAUUAAGAGCUUGGAAUAAAAAUGUUUUCGGUCUGACUAUAGAGAACAUAAAGGCCCUGGAGGAUCGGGUGGAGGCUCUGGAAGAAAGCUUGCAAGAAGGGUUUAAUGAGGAGAUUGAUCUGGAAUUAAUGAUUUCUAAACUGGAAUUGGAUACGUGGGUUCAAAGAGAGGAGACUCAUCUGGCUCAACAAGCGAAGCAAAGUUGGCUAAAAUCAGGUGAGGCAAAUGUAUCCUUCUUCCGUGCUAUGAAUGCAAGAAAUGGCAAGGUGGUAAGGGAAAUGAGGCUGAGUGAUGGGCGCUGGCUAAGAACUCCGGAGGAAGUCCAUGAGGGGGCUGUGCAGUACUUUAAGGAGUUUUUGGGCACCAAUCAUAUCUGCAACUUCCCGAAUUUAUCAAACUUGGUUGAACCAGUGAUUACCGAGGGGGAGAAUAAGAAGAUCAUGGAGCUUCCUUCGAUCCUAGAGGUGAAAGAUGCAGUGUUCUCUAUUCCAUCAGACAGUAGCCCGGGGCUGGAUGGUUUCGAAUCCAGUUUUUAUAAAUCCUGCUGGGAACUUAUAUCUGUGGAAGUGGUGGAGGCGGUGCAUGACUUCUUUCGAGGUAAUCCUCUACCCAGAUUUUUUGCAACUACAUCUCUGGUACUUAUUCCGAAGAUUGCUAACCUGAAGAGUUUUGAAAAGUUCCGCCCUAUUAGCUUGUGCUCAGUUUUUUACAAGAUUUGUACAAAGAUUUUGGUGGCACGUAUCUCGCCACUGCUCUCUCGAUUUAUUUCACCGGAACAAGGUGCGCCUAUCCCUGGAAGAAGCAUAUUUGACAAUAUAAGCCUGACACAGGAAAUGACACACGGCAUUCAUAAGCCAACUCGGGGUGGUAAUGUUCUCAUUAAAAUCGACAUGGCGAAGGCCUACGAUAGCAUUGAAUGGGGAUUUCUAAUUCAUGUGUUAUGUGCCUUUGGAUUUUCUAUGCAGUUUUGUGAUUUGAUCAAAAGUUGCGUGUCUUCUCCUUGGUUUUCGGUGACCAUGAAUGGGGUCUCCAAAGGUUUUUUCAAAGGUGAAAGAGGGCUUCGACAAGGUGAUCCCAUCUCCCCAUACCUUUUCAUAGUGGUGGAGGACAUUUUUUCUAGACUGUUGAAAGGAAGAUUUCAGCAAGGUUUGAUAAGACCUUAUCAUCAUCACAGAAACGCCCCUCUUAUCACCCAUCUGUUAUAUGCAGAUGAUAUAGUCAUCUUUGCUAAUGGAAAUACAUCUUCAUUAAAAAACAUCUCGAAGGCCUUAGAGGUGUAUGAAAAUGGUCGGGCCAAAAGGCUAAAGGGUAUACACUUUGAUGACUUUUUGGGGAAGAUUAGAGAUAGAAUAGGAGGAUGGCAAGCAAAUUUAUUGUCAAGUGGGGCACAGACUCUCCUAUUAAAACAUGUCCUUGGAAAUAUGCCUAUCUACCUCUUAUCUAUACUGCAAGUUCCAAAGUCAAUUAUAAGAACCUUUAAUCGGUAUUGCAGUAAUUUCUUUUGGGGACUCCAUGAGGGGAAGCCGAAAAAGCACUGGAGAGCAUGGGAGGGGAUGUGCUGCCCCGAAAAAGAAGGGGGUAUUGGCUUGAGAAAUCUAGAAGACAUAAAAAAAUCCCUACAUAUGAAGUUUUCCUGGAAGCUACUUACCGAAGAUAAUCUCUGGUCUUGGUUCUUCAAAUCCAAGUAUGUCAAAAACUCUCACAUAUCUUUACUUAACCCCUCAGUAGGUACAAGUUUUUGGAGGAUGGUAAUACGAUGCAUUCCCGAAAUACUACACCUAGCAAGAUGGCGAGUCAAGGAGGGCAAUUUAUCCUUCUGGUGUGAUACAUGGUUGGAGGAAGGCCCACUUUGCAAUGAAUUUAGUAGUGUUGUAAAUCUAUCCUUGAAAAUCAAAGAAUGCACCCUAGAGGAUGGCUGGAAUUAUGAGCUCCUGAACCAACUGGUUGGUCCUAACCGUGUGGAACAAAUCCUGAAGGCUUUGGGCAAGAGGAAAAAUGGAGCGGAUGUGCUGGUAUGGACCCCAUCUCCCGAUGGGGUUUUCUCCACAAAAAGUGCAUGGGAGUGUGUUCGGAUAAAAAUGCCAACUGAUGCUUGGGCUAGCUGGGUUUGGCAUCCUUAUCUUCCUAAAUUCAUGGCCACUACAAUGUGGAAGGGGCUACAUGGGGCUCUGAGUGUAGAUGAUCGACUGAGAAGAAUUGGCAUCCCUAUUGUGUCAAAGUGCAACUGCUGUAACCAUGGAGCUUAUGAAGAUCUAAACCAUGUGCUGGCUGAGGGUGAUUUUGCAAAAAGUAUUUGGAGAAAAAGUGCUUUACAGGUGGGAAUGAAUGUGAGGGAGGGGCGGUCUUGGAAGGAAACAAUUGGUAGUUGGUUUAAUACUGCUACCAAAUCUUCCACUAUGGGCAACCUUAUUGGAAUCAUCCCUUCUAUUAUUACUUGGAGACUAUGGCUAAGAAGAUGCAAAACCCGUAUGGAAGGCAGCGGCGAGUCGGUGGAACAGGUUUGGAGAAGUAUUCGCUUUUGGAUCACCAAAAUAGGUGAGAAAUUAAAGGCCGGAAAAAAAUUGAAAAGAAGAGAUGAGGUGAUACUAAAAGAGCUAAAUGUUCCUCCAAAAAUGGUUACAAAGAGAACACCACAGGUAGUCAAAUGGUUUCGACCAUACCAGGGAAGAUACAAACUCAAUACCGAUGGAAGUAGCCGAGGCAAUCCAGGGCAAGCUGGAGGUGGAGGAGUUAUCCGAAACUCCUCAGGUAACUUGGUUAGACCUUUUGCGGUUUCUCUUGACCAAGGAAUUGUUUCCUUUGCUGAAUUCAUGGCGGUUUACCAUGGAGUAAAAUUAGCAAAAAGUAUGGGCAUUGUUCAGUUAGACAUAGAACUGGACUCCAGCACUGUGAUAAAAUGGCUAAAAACAUCACUUUGUGGGUUAUGGUAUGUGGAAGACUUUUGGGAAGAACGAACAGAUAUGUUGAGAAGUAUGAAUGUAAAUAUCACUCAUGUCUACCGGGAAGCAAAUACUCCGGCAGAUCUUUUAGCUAGAAUGGGUUUGGAGGGAUGCACUAAAUACUGGGACCUCUUUUCUUAUUUACCAUGGAAGCUUCGUGGCCUUCUGAAGAUGGAUAAAACGGGUCUGCCAUAUAUACGAGAUGGUUGA